UGGAUCUGAUCAGUUCUCAUCGGUCACUGUGGAUCUGAAGUACGCUGGUUUCUUCCCGUAUUGCUUUUAGAUCUUAAUUUUACUUCGUAUUCGUUUAUAACACGGCGUUCCGUGGGGGCGUCUCAAAUCACUUGUUACACCUAAACACACAGGCUUGGGCGAGGGUUCUGUCGACAGUUCAUUUUGAAUUCGUUAUGAACACGCACUGCCCUCCUGUCUGUGUGCAUGCGUGUGUAUGUUACAUGUAAACCGCAAGGUGAGUUACAGCCCCGGCCGCUGCACUGAGCUCGCUCCAUACUGCUGCAGUCUGCUGCGCUGUUUGCUUGAGGAAUGUCAAGGAACACAUUAGUGGACAUGCUGCUUGUGAAAGACCGAAUCCUCCCCAAUGAUCUCUGUGUAACCGUGCCAGUGGUGAUCAUCGGGAAUGGCCCCUCUGGGAUCUGCCUGUCUUACUUGCUGUCGGGAUACACCCCUUACUUAGCCCCAGGAGCGACUCACCCAAACCCUCUCUUACUGAGAAAGCUGGAGGAGAGGCCGGAUGUGUCUCUGCUGGAACAGGAUCUCGAAUACCUUUCUGAAGGUUUGGAAGGCAGGUCCUCGAACCCAGCCGCGGUCCUCUUCGACACGCUGCUGCUGCCGGACGGGGAUUUCGGGCAGGACUGCGCCUCCGCGCUGCAGUGGCGACGGGAGCGCGAGCGGAGCGUCCCACACCUGGUGCUGGGGAAGGGGCCCCCUGGUGGAGCGUGGCAUGCCAUGGAGGGUUCCAUGCGGACCGUCAGCUUGGCAAACUGGAUGGAGCUGCCUGGCCUGAAGCUCAAAGACUGGGUCAGAGACAAACGCAGAAAUCUGCGGAACGACCGGGCCACCCCUGCUGAGAUCGCCUCGUACUACCAGCACUUUGUGUCGGAGACAGGCCUGCAGAGCAACUUCGUGAGUCACACGGUGGUGACGUCCGUGCGAAGGGCGCUCCGCAGCGAGGGGGGGCGUGGCUCUGUGGACCAGGAGCACGGAGAGCGUCCCGGGACCACCUGGGAGGUGCGCGGAUACCAGAAGAGCCGCGAGGGCCUGGAGCUGCCCUUCGCGGUGAGCGCGGAGAACGUGGUGCUGGCCACCGGCACACACGACAAGCCCGCCAGGCUGGGGGUAGAGGGGGAGGACCUGCCCUUCAUCUGCCACAGCUUCUGGGAGUUCGAAGCCGCCAUCGCCAGGGGCCAGGUGGACCAGCACUCGGACCCGGUUCUGAUUGUGGGGGCCGGGCUGACCGCUGCGGACGGCGUGCUGACCGCUCACCACCUCAACACCCCCGUCUGCCACGCCUUCCGCCGGGCUGUCACCGACCCCGCCCUCAUCUUCAACCAGCUGCCCAAGGUGCUGUACCCCGAGUACCACAAGGUGCACCAGAUGAUGCAGCAGCAGCAGCAGCAGGAGGUGGACAGCGGCUUCACGGGGUCCUACCCGGGCUACGUCAGCUACCCCAAGCACCGCGUCGUGGCUUUCAAACCUGACCACAAGUGCGUGCUGGAGGGGGCCGGGGGCCGGCUGGUGCUGAAGAUAUCCAUGGCGCUCGUGCUCAUAGGAGCUCACCCUAACCUCUCCUUCCUCCAGGACAGCGGCAGGUACCUGGGCAUCGACCCCCAGCAGCCCAUCUCCUGCCGGGGAAAUCCAGUGGACGUCCACCCCUUCACCUACGAGUCUGUGCAAGAGCCCGGCCUCUUUGCCAUGGGCCCCCUGGUCGGGGAUAAUUUCGUGCGGUUCCUCAAAGGAGGGGCCCUGGGCAUCGCCAGCACACUCUCAAAGCGCAGCAGCAAGGAGGGGGGUCUGUCUGAGGACAGCUCAGGACAGGCGGGCUCUUGCAGCUCAUUGGACACAUAGGAAGGAAGGACGGAAGGGACUUUGGAAGAGUCUGGGAUCGCUGGAAUGCAGCAGUCCGAGGGGAGCAGUGCAGUGCGCAGAGUCGGUGGUCUUUCGCUGAUCUCUCAAUGCAGAGCAGGAGGAGGACUGCUGGAGUCGAAUGAAAGUCUCCUUCCUCCAGCACAUCAGUGAUGGCCAUUUCAUACAGAGAAGAACCGUCGGAGACCGGGACUAUUUAGUUGAAUGUUUUUCUGUGUUGUAAACCGUCUUUUAUCUUGAUUUGUGGGGUGGGGCUGCUGUGUCCUCUGUGUGUAACAGCCUUUAAAAACAGAAACGUUACUCAGAAAGGAGUAGCAAGGAAAUCAGCAGUGUCCUGGGAUCUCCUGCAUCUCCUGUCCGUCCAGCAGUGUCCUGGGAUCUCCUGCAUCUCCUGUCCAUCCAGCAGUGUCCUGGGAUCUCCUGCAUCUCCUGUCCCUCCAGCAGUGUCCUGAGAUCUCCUGCAUCUCCUGUCCCUCCAGCAGUGCCCUGGGAUCUCCUGCAUCUCUUGUCCAUCAAGCAGUGUCCCGGGAUCCCUUGCAUCUCCUGUCCAUCCAGCAGUGUCCUGAGAUCUCCUGCAUCUCCUGUCCAUCCAGCAGUGUCCUGAGAUCUCCUGCAUCUCCUGUCCCUCCAGCAGUGUCCUGGGAUCUCCUGCAUCUCCUGUCCCUCCAGCAGUGUCCUGGGAUCUCCUGCAUCUCCUGUCCACCUCCUUUGGUGCCAGCACAGCUGAGCUUGUUGUCCGUUAGCCCUGCUAUGGGUUACAGGGGGUGCUGAUAGAGUGUGAUCAGAAGAAUAAUUGCUAAGUGAGAAUGUCUUCCUGGUAAACAGACACCAGGGGUGUGAGUGUGUCAGUUUGAAGCAGGCGUCUCUCAUUGAUGCCUCCUUUCUCUAGUACUCUUCAGGGCAGUCCGUGUCAGAGAACAUAUUCACUCUGAAAUAAAGAACUCCUCCAGCUCGUCUCGUUCCUAUGGCGCUGGGUGUGUUUUUGUAAUCUUGCCAUCAGAAAAGCUGCUCAUUUCUGUCCGUUUACUCAAGGCUGGUGUUUAUUUUUUUUUUUAAGACUCUUCUUGAGUUGUAAACAGUCGAAAGACAGAUCCUUCGUGUCUGGUGCAAUAAGUUUGUUGUCCAGUGCAGAAGAUGGUAGUUGAGUCUGAAUCUGUGCCAAUUCCAGUGCCUGUAUUUGGUAAUGCCUACAAUAACAUGGAACAAAACAUCUUGUAGUGUAUGUAUCUUGUAUGUGAGGAGGCUGUGUGGUCCAGUGGUUAAAGAAAUGGGCUUGUAACCAGGAGGUCCCCGGUUCAAAUCCCACCUCAGCCACUGACUCAUUGUGUGACCCUGAGCAAGUCACUUAACCUCCUUGUGCUCCGUCUUUCGGGUGAGAUGUAAUUGUAAGUGAUUCUGCAGCUGAUGCAUAGUUCACACACCCUAGUCUCUGUAAGUCGCCUUGGAUAAAGGUGUCUGCUAAAUAAACAAAUAAUAAUAAUUUUGACUUGAGGAGACAAAAGCUGAGAUUUGUUCUCUAUUCGUAAUAAAUGUAUAUUUUUAUAUUAAUUUUAAAAAAAAAAAAAAAAGUGGAACAAGCAUGCUGAGUUUGUCUUUGUAUGUUGACGUGCCAAACGAGCAGAUUGUAAACCUGAAAGGCUGAAGGUGCGUUUUCUAUACCUGCUGUGACCUGGGUUAUAUAGGCGCGCCUUGUCUGUCCCUGUCGCAAAACACUAAUCCAAUCUAAUCUGGUGUGCUCCUGUACCUUCAAUGCUUUCUCAACCAUCGUUUUAUAUGCACUGUGUGAUUUUUCUUAGCAAGGAUGUUGUGUAUUUUUUUAAUAUUUUAUAUUAAACGUAUACAUAUUUGUGAAUUUCA